AUGAGCAAAAUAGCUUUGAGAUCUUUUAAUCCACUACUAAAAGAUUCGUUUUUUCUACUACCUAGAUUUACACACGAAAAGUCACAACUCAAAAAUGCAGAAGAAUGUCAAAAUAUAAUAAAUAAGUUAAAUUUAAGAGAUGAUUACAAUAGUAAAAAAUUAAAUAUUAUUGAUGUUAACCCUGGAUUUGGAUUAUUUUCAUCUAUGCUUAAUUAUGAAUUAAAACCGAAGAAUCACAUUUUACUAGAUAAACAUGAAGAAAAUUACAAGAAAUGGAGUAAGAAAAUAGAACAUUUACAAACUGUGAACCAAAAUCAAGAAAACUUCAAAAUUUUAAAACAUGAUCCAUUUAUUUGGGAUACCUAUGACAAAAUCUUUCAAAAUGGAAUAAUAGAAGAGUUGAAACCACAACCAUACGAUAAACUCAAUGAUGAAUUGCUAAUAGUAGCGAAUUGGACUGGUAAAGGAGAUGAGUCAAUUAUAGCUCAAUGGAUAGGAUGUUGUGGAAAUAGAAAUUGGUUAAUGAAAUAUGGGAAAGUUAGAAUGUUAUUAAUGAUUCCAUCUACUACAGCUAUGAAAUUUUUAAGUGAACCAGGAUACAAAAAGAGAAAUAGAACUUCAUUAAAAAGAGAUUUAUAUACACAUUCUAAACUUAUAGCAAUUGGUGAUGAUUCUGAUAUUUUAGGUAAAGGAUACGAUCCAAGAGUUUUGGUACGAGAUCAACCAAUAGUUUUGAAAAAGAAUGCAUUUUUAAGAAAUUCAGAAGUUGCUAUAAUUGAAGUAUUCCCCGGUGAAUAUCAAACAGAUUGUAUUUCAAAUAUCGAACAUUUACUAUCUGCUAUGUUUGUAAGUUCUACAAAAUUAAAAGAUCAUUUACCUAAAUUAGCACCUGGGGCUGAAUACUUAGUUAGUUUGUUAUCAGAUGAUAUAUUAGAAAAGAGAGCUUCUGAAUUUACUAAACAGGAUAUUUUAGAGUUUUCAAACGCUUAUGGUCAAUGGCCGUUCAAACCUUCUAUUGAGGAAACUUUUGAUAUUAGUGAAGAGGAUUUUGCUUAA